GAACGCACCACUACAGGUGCCCUGUUCAGAAGCACAAAACAGUUGUGUCACAAGACGUAGAGUAACAGGUCGUCAAAAGUUGCCCACCAUGCAGCAGUACACUCCUUCACAGCUUCCACAAUGGCAACACCAGCAACAUUUUCAAACCCUACACGAGAGGCACAAGACCUUAAUGAGAAGGAGAGUGAAGCAUACCAGCAAGGCCAAGAUGCCGACACAUUCACUGCAGAUGUAGAGAAAGGCGCACAAAGCCAAGCACUAUCAACACACACAGGCGAACACACACUAAGCGGUGAUGCGCCCGUACACGAGGAGGCACGGGAUCCAAACGUUGUUGACUGGGACGGGCCUGACGAUCCUGCGAACCCUCUGAACUGGCCGGCAAAGAAGAAAUGGUCUAUCAUUGCUGCACUGGGAGCUGUUACAUUCAUCACACCGCUCGCGUCAUCGUUCUUUGCGCCUGGUGUGCCGCAGGUUAUGCGUGCUUUCGAGGAGCAGUCGAAUCUGAUGGCUACAUUCGUCGUGUCUGUGUACCUUCUCGGGUUCGCUAUUGGCCCUCUUGUAAUCGCACCCAUGUCCGAGAUGUACGGACGCAUGCCCAUCUACAACAUCUGCAACGUCCUCUUCAUCAUCUUCAACAUCGCCUGUGCCCUUUCAAACUCUAUGGGAAUGCUCAUCGCCUUCCGACUCCUUGCUGGUUGCGCCGGUGCUUCACCCCUCACACUUGGAGGCGGCACAAUCGCAGACAUAUUCCCACCCCAGCAACGCGCGGGCGCCAUGGCCAUCUACUCCGUGGGGCCCCUACUCGGUCCCAUCAUCGGUCCCGUAUGUGGUGGUUUCCUUGUCGAGUCUCUCUCCUGGCGCUGGGUAUUCUGGAUCCUGGCCAUCUUUGGCGGCGUCUUCAGUCUCUCGUUCGCGUUCCUCGGCCACGAGACCUUCCACCAGACCAUUCUGGACAAGAAAGUCGCUCGUCUCCGUAAGGAGACAGGGAACAUGGAGCUCCGCUCGAAACUCAACAACGGGCUUCCGCCUAAGGAGGUCUUCACCCGCGCUAUUGCGCGCCCGAUGAAGAUGCUCUUCUUCUCGCCCAUUGUGUUCCUCAUGUCGCUCUACAUCUCCGUCAACUACGGUAUCUUGUACCUGUUCUUCACGACCAUGACGUUCGUCUUCGAGGGCCAGUAUCACUUCUCCUCUGGCGCUGUCGGACUCGCAUAUCUUGGUAUGGGCGUGGGUAUGAUUCUGGGCAUGGGUGUGCUGGGUACAAUGUCCGACAAGAACAUUAAAAAGCACCAGGCCAAGGGUAACGCGAAGCCUGAGCACCGUUUGCCUAUGUUUCUUACUAUUCCUGGCGCUGUUAGUUUGCCGUUGGGGAUUUUCUUGUAUGGGUGGACCACGUAUUAUGGUGUGCAUUGGAUUGUCCCCAUCAUCGGCACAGCUUUCAUUGGCGUCGGCAACCUCACUGCCAUGAUGACCAUCCAGACCUACCUCGUUGACGCCUUCAACGUGCACGCCGCGUCAGCCAUCGCCGCCAACACCGUUCUUCGCUCUGUUUUCGGCGGCGUGCUGCCCCUCGCUGGGCUCGACAUGUACGACAAGCUCGGUUUGGGCUGGGGUAACUCGUUGCUCGGGUUUGUUGCACUGUGCUUUAUCCCUGUGCCUGUGCUGUUCAGGUUGUAUGGCGAGAGGAUUAGGACGAACCCUAAGUUUCAGGUACAGUUCUAGGUUGAUAGUUGUGAAGUAGAGAAGAGGGGGAAGAACGUUAGGAGUGAGUGCAUUGCAUAGCAUGGCGAAUUUGCAUGAUAGAAAGUCUUUUACGCAGUAUAUACCCCUAUAGUAUAAUCAUUGUAAUCAAAGAUGUGGCAUGG